UGAGGAGGUUGCUUGGUCUUGUAACCGAGGGAAGGUCCACUUAUAAGAGCACCGGCUGCGCACCACCGCCGGCUACAAGGAAGCAUACGAAAAAAAACGGCCACGAAGUAUCACCAGAAGCAGUAAAGAAGCAGCGGAAGCAGUAGUCAUGGCUUCCACCAUUGUCUUGAUCAGCGGCGCCAACAGAGGCUUGGGCAAGGGCCUCCUCCAACGCUACCUAGCACAGCCAGACCACACUGUGAUUGCCGCCAACCGCGACCCAGAGCACGCCAGCUCCAAGGAGCUUGACAAUCUGCCAAAGGCCGCUGGCAGUAGGCUUAUCGUCGUGAAGGUCGAAGCUACAAGCGACUCGGACGCCCUGGAGGCGGUCAAAAAGCUCCAGGACCAAGGCAUCGACCACUUGGACAUCGUCAUCGCGAACUCCGGUAUAGUAGACGGGCUCGCGACAGUCGCAGACGUCUCCAUCGAGCAGCUACAGCGCCACGUGGACGUUAACUUUUAUGGCGGGAUACGGUUGUUCCAAGCUACGAUCCCGCUGCUGAGGAAGGCCGCAAACCCGAAAUUUGUGACAAUGGGCACUGCGGCGGCAAGCCUCAAGAACCAAGUCAACAUUCCUAAUGCGCUGUACGGCCCGACGAAGGCCGCGGGGCACUGGAUCGCAGUCAGGAUCAAUAAUGAAGAAGAAAAGGUCAACUCCUUUGUGAUCCACCCGGGAUUCGUCCAGACCGAUAUGGGCAACCGAAGCGCGCAAGCGUUGGGUCUAGAGAAGGCAUUUGUAACGGUCGAUGACUCCUGCGACGGGAUAUUCAAGUUGAUCAGCGAGUCAACUAAGGAAGCCACAGGUGGCAGAUUCUGGAACUACGAUGGAGAGGAACUCCCGUGGUAGAUCACGAUACCGUCACUAUUGCAUCUUGGAAUCGACGGGUCGUUAUAUAUGCUAGGGGAUAUUGGCUCGAGCGACAAGCGCCUUUGGGGUACCCUGACGGCGCUUAGCAGUGACGACCUCAAAUCGCAUGCCUCCAGGUCCGUAACAGGAUCAAAGGCGGGCAUUGUCACGUCUGCACUCACCUCACGAGAGCCAUACGACAAGACAGUUGACUCCCUUGCCACCGACAACCCCUAUGUGAGGAGAUCGUCUGUAGAUACGAAGGACCAGAGGCCUUCCUCGAGACCGAUAUAGACGCGUAACCGGGGACCAUAGCUCCUACAUGGUCCAAGAGAAAGAGAAGGACAAGACAAACCCGCCACAUGUCAAAUUCGCUCAGCUUCAACCUGUAUUUAUCUUAGCCCAUAUCGAAUAUCACCACUCUUCCAUAGACACCCGAAGGCUCUGUGUAACCGAAAAGAGAGAUGGAACUCACUACUAGAACCGGUGUUAAACGCGAGCUUACAUGCGGAAGACCUCCGGUCAAGGAAUGUUCGAAUGCGAUUACGACUCUUGCCUUCACCAGUUUGGAACCAGCGUUAUAGGACUUUAAACAU